CAGCAUUCUCCAACUUCAUCCAUUUCGCUUCCGUCCCUUCUCCUAACGCAAAGCCUCCAUCCACAGAAGAGGUUAAAGAGACGGCACCGUCUUGCUGUCCGCCUUGACCGAGCCAGAGCUUCGUCUUGGCCCUCAAUUUUGCCGCGCAAAACUCUCAGUUCCGUACACCCGCAUCAUCAGCAAUGGCCCCCAAACCUACCAAGGCAGAGAAGAAGAUCGCCUAUGAUUCCAAGCUGUGCGACCUUCUCGAAGAGUAUGGCCAGAUCCUCGUCGUCAACGCCGACAACGUUGGAUCCAAUCAGCUCCAGAACAUUCGCAAGGGUUUACGCGGCGACUCCGUGGUCCUCAUGGGGAAGAACACCAUGAUGAAGCGCUCUGUCAGGAUUCACGCUGAGAAAACCGGCAACAAUGCCUUCCUCAACCUUAUCCCUCUUCUUGUUGGCAAUGUGGGAUUGAUUUUCACUAAAGGUGAUUUGAAGGAGGUCAGCGAGGAAGUUGCUAAGUACAAGGUGGGAGCUCCUGCUCGUGUUGGUUUGGUUGCCCCAAUUGAUGUCGUCGUUCCUCCUGGCAACACAGGGCUCGAUCCCUCUCAGACCUCUUUCUUCCAGGUUUUAAAUAUUCCAACAAAGAUUAACAAGGGUACUGUGGAAAUCAUUACCCCUGUUGAGCUUAUUAAGAAGGGAGAUAAGGUUGGCUCGUCUGAAGCUGCCUUGCUUGCCAAGCUUGGCAUUAGGCCCUUCUCAUAUGGGCUUGUAGUGCUUUCGGUGUAUGACAAUGGUUCUGUCUUCAGCCCUGAGGUUCUUGACCUGACUGAGGAUGACCUCAUUGAGAAGUUUGCCGUUGGUGUCUCAAUGGUUACUUCUCUUUCGUUGGCUAUUUCAUUCCCAACACUCGCAGCGGCUCCACAUAUGUUUGUGAAUGCCUACAAGAACGUUCUUGCUGUUGCCGUGGAGACUGAUUAUUCUUUCCCAGAGGCAGACAAGGUCAAGGAGUACCUCAAGGACCCAAGUAAAUUUGCUGUGGCUGCUGUUGUUGCACCUGCUGCUGAUUCUGGUGCUGGCUCAGCUCCUGCUGCUGCUAAGGAGGAGGCAAAGAAAGAUGAGCCAGAGGAGGAAUCUGAUGAUGACAUGGGUUUCGGUCUGUUCGAUUAGGCUGUAUGUUAAGUACUUUUUUACUUUGUUAGAAUUGAUUAAGUUGGCCUUUUAUUUUAGUUUGCAAUUUUUCCUGUGUGUUACAGUGAGACUAGUUUUUUAAUUUUAAAAUUUCCUAGUUGUAUUUAAUUUUUGCUUAAAAUAUCUGUGCGUUUUAUGAUUUUAAA